GUGACAUUUGGCGCAAUAUGUCGGCGCGGGUUGGUUCUAUGUAUAUAAAAGGUGGGCGCUGCGGUUAAAUCAUCGUCAGUAACGUCCAACCGGUGGUGUCCACACGAAAUUGAAGUGAAGUAAUAAAGAUACAAAAUGGCAGGCAAGAUUAUCCUUUUGAGUUUGCUAGCGAUAAUGGCGAUGGCGGCUAAUCCAAACGAACCGAUCGCCAUUGUCCGUCAAUCUCAGGACAUCAGCCCGGAUGGUAGUUUUUACGCGAAAUGGGAAACUGCUAAUGGUAUAACCGUUGAAGAACAGGGUACUCUGAAGAACGUCGGUCAAAAGGACGAAGCCGAGGAAGUUCAGGGAUCAGCUGCUUGGACAGCUCCCGAUGGUACAAAGGUUAAUCUUGGAUGGCUCGCUAACGAAAAUGGCGCCAUUUUCGAAGGUUCCCAUUUGCCGACACCACCACCGACUCAACCAAUUCCUGCCGCCAUUCAACGUGCUCUAGAUUGGAUAGCUACUCACCCAUACAAAGAAGAUAGCAAGAACAAGCUUUAAACGUUUAUACUCUCGUUGUUAUUAUAUCGAUGAAAAAUAUAUUUUAUUCUGUAAGAAAA